ACAGAAAAUUGGAAUUGAGCAUUAAGGCCUGCAGUGUGAACGUAGCCUUAGUGACUUUAAAGCUCAUCAUUAUGUCUCCUUUGUUUAACAAAACAAAAUGUAAAAACCGAAAAUGUGUGGCUGUUUAGGAGGUUAAGGGUUUUUUUGAUAGGUAGGAAAUGAGCAAAGAAUGAGGGAUGUGUGGUAUGCGACAAAGAUUUGACAGUUGAAACAAACUGUGGGGGUAGCAGUUACGUGGUAUCCCAAACCAUUUGACUUUGUUGCCAGGAAACCACUGGAGACAACCAGAACUGCUGGUAGGCAGAUUUACUAUAUAUGGACUGAGACAGGUAUGCUGUUUCUGCAGUCUUUUUGCAACGCUGGGCUAAGAUAACGUCUCACGGCUCUAUAUUUAAGGUACAGUGUAAGGAAGUGGAGAAGUGCUUAAGACAUUGAUUCUGAACCAUAGCUGUAUAUAAAAGAUGGAUUUAGCCACAGUGACGCCACCCACUGGAAGUCCAUUUCUGAAGCCUUAAAACAGAGACAGUAUUUUGUCUUGUGGGUUUUUGUUGUUGUUUUAUUUUAAACCAGAUGGGUGAAUCUGAAUGACAUGAAUGUGAAUCUCACAUGGCUUGUUAAUCACGAUGUAAGCAAACCCAAAAUAAUAUUCUUUUUCAUCUUCUAUUUUACUCUCCUUAAGAGCAUGAUUGCCAAUUCAACUGAGGUCGUUUCGACAAGCAGAUUAGUUUUCCCCUUGCUGGGUACUACAAUGAACACAGAUUAAAGUCCCUUCUGAAUUGGCUCCACUUUGCAGAGCUGGUUUCUAUAUCAAGUGUGUUUUCAAAUUUUUAGUUAGCACCAAAUAACAACUACAGUUGCCUCAAGAUGCUUUAAAUUUUAAAGACCCUGCAAAAAUACAGAGAAAAAAGCAAAACCCCCAACAACCAGAUGACCCCGUAUGAGUAAGCAUUUUGGUAACAGUGGGAAGGAAAAACUCCCUUUUAACAGGAAGAAACCUCCAGCAGAACCAGACUCAGGGAGGCACAGUCACCUGUUAUGACUGGUUGGGGGUGAGGGGAGGAAGACAGGACAAAAGACACGCGGUGGAAGAGAGUCUGAGAUUAUUAAUAACGAAUGAAUGAAAAUAAGUAAUAAUGAAUUGUAACUGAUUGUAUGUACAGCCUGUUUCUAACUCUUUCUUUGUGAAAAAGAAACAAAAAUACUUACUUUUGUUAGCUUCUAAUGCAAUUCAUUAAUGUAGUAAAUUAACAUAUAUGAAGCACACAUUCAGUUUAGCUUGUGUCACAUUUAAGCCUGUGAUCCACACUCACUGAUACUGUGGAAGAUCUCAUUAGAAAGAAUAAGGAGGCUGGGAUAGAUGUCUCAGUUACUGUCACUGUCAGUGUCAUAUUCUUCUCCCUCUCCUCUUUCCUUCUCUCCAUUAUUUCACACAGAUCAGACUGCAGCUUUGUGCAGUUUCCCCCCUUUUUUUACACUGUCCAUUCAUUAUGAAGCAUCUCUCAUCCUCCCACGUUUCAGUCCCCAUCCUUUCGUUUCCUUCACUUUUCUUGUGUGUCCUCUCUAAAACCCACAGUUAUUCUAUUUAUCUCUCGCAGCCUUCUCUCUAUCUCUAUCCUAUCCUCAUUUUCUCCCGCUCUAUCACUGCAUGUUCAAAGAGAGCCAGAAAAGAGAGAGCUGGAAUAGAGAAAAAGGAGAGAAGAGAAGAGAGGGGAAAAGGAGAAAGACAUGAGAAGAAUAUACAGGGAGUACAUGUUCACCUGGAUUUCUGUUUUCAAGCCCCUGCUCCUCCCCCUCCUGUUGCCUCUGUUUCCUCUCAGUAACAAAUGUCAAAGCAUGCAGACCCGCUGCCUCACCCUCCUCCUCCUCUUCAGCUUAUUAUUAUGACUUUCAUUACAAAAUACCAAAAUCUGCCCUUUGCUACAUCAGUUCAUUGUUCCUCAAAAUGAUCCACUUUGCCUAUUCUGGUCAUUUUUUUGCUUUGUUUUCUUCUAAAAAUCAGCCAGCUACUUUGGGCUUAUGGUGACGUGGCAGAAAGUGGUUGGGAGAAUGAUUCACGUAGACAAAUGAAACACACUGCUUUUACAUGUAUUCUCUUCCAAAAUGCAUAAAGGGCAUAUUUUACUGCAUGUAUGUAUAUAUUAUUUAUGAUUUCCAGCAGUGGGGAUAUUUUAAUAGUAAACUCAUUUUGUGCCAUUUCCAGCGAUCACCGACUGAGUCUUUUAGCCACACAUGUGGGACGGCUGGAGAGAUGGAAAUUUCCACUGCUUUUUUGGCAAUAAUGAAUAGAAGGAUUGCCAUGAAGUUUUCCACUGACAUUUAAAAUCCUAAAAUGAUGAAUUCUACUGACAUUGAGGAACUCCAUAGCUCUCCUAUACCAUCAGAUUAGGCUAGCACAUUGUAGCAUGCUAAACAUGCAUGGUAAACAUGGUAGGACAGGGUGAUUAAAACUGCUUAAAAGAGGGCAAUUUCAGCUGCAGUGCGUCAAACACAUUACUAUGCAUCACUGUGGCAUCACAGUGGUUGUAGUACAAUUGUAAGGAAUGAUUAACUGUAUUCUGCUGCUCCAAUAGGUCUGGCUGAAUUGAGAUGAAGGAUUGUUGUCCUGAGUUAAUUGUUUCAUUUAGCAUCAUAUGCGAGAAGACCAAAAAUCCCAGACAUUACUCUAUUAAAAAUCCAAAACCUUACCUUAUACAUACACUUGGACUGAUCUUUCUCUUAAGAUGAUCUUCUCAUGCACCUCUGCAAUGUUACAAGCGUGCUUGCAGUUUUUGGAUCACUCUGUAAAAAAACAAACAAACAAAAAAGCCCUAAAACCACAUUUGUAUUUAUUCCUCUGAUGUGUGCUGGACCUCACUGCGUUUCACCAUUGGGAAGUAAAUAAAGUCACAGGGAGGCAAAUUCAAUUUAAUUCAGUUUUGUUUAUAUAGCACCAAUUCACAACAACAAUCGUCUCCAAGUGCUUUAGACUGUAAAGAUGUUAGAAUAAUAGAUGCCCUAUGAGGAGGACUCGGUUACAGUGGGAAGGAAGAAGAAGAGACCUCGGCACAACCAGGCUCAGUGAGGGGCAGCUAUGUGAAAGAAAGGACCAAACAGAAGCCAUUGGAGAGAGAAGACAAAACUCAAUAGCAUGCAAUCAUGGCAUUUAAACACGCAGGGACUGAAAAGAGGGAAGUGGAGAAGAGGUGCUCAUUGCAUUAUGGGAAAUCUUCUGGCACGCCUAAGCCUGUGGCAGCUGAUCCAACUUUAAGUAUUUGCUUUAUCAAAUAUGAAAAACUUCGAAGCCUGAUCUUGAAAGUAGAGAUGCUGUCUGUCUCCUGACAGCUGAAGGCUCUUACUUUUCAAAACUCUAGGAAAAACAAGUAAGCCUACAGUCUGAGAGUGAAGUGCUGUGAUAGGAUAAUACUACUACUACUAAUAAUACAUUUCAUGUACAGAUGACUUUCACCUUUAAAUAAGAACACCUGACAAGGAAUUACUUACCAAAAUCACAGUAUACAUAAAGUAGUUAAGAAACGCCAUAGAAUAAAAAGCUAAUACAUCAUAACCUCAAAUUCAAACAGAAUAGGCCAUUUUUAAAUAAAAUAUGUGUUUUAUGACUGGCUUUAAAGAUCGGGAGAGAAUCAGUAUUGUGAGUUAGGUCCGGGAGAAAGAGACCCAAAGACAAGGGGGCACUUGGCUGAAAGCUCUAAGGCUCUAAAUUAAUGCAGUAUAUUAUCCUACUGUGAGGUCUUAAAUUUGCAAGAGAAAGGGUGGCCAAACCGCUCUUUUCUUUUUGUUUUACAUUUAUUUGUGCCAUUGUCAUUUGAAAGAGAGCUAUCUUCUAAGGUUCAAUAGAUGUGUCGAAGUGAUGUAAUUCUGACCUAGUUCUCAUCUGCAUUACUUUAAGUUUAGGCAUCUAAACUACCUGAGUGUGAUAUGUGAUACAACGUUUAUGAGGCAAUGAGAUAAGCGUUAUAGAAAAUGCGCAGUGAUGAACAAGAAAUAUUUAGGACGAGUAUAAAAGCACAAUGUCGGCCACAGCGCAACUACAUAUUUAAUGUGCCUCCAGGCUGUCGGUUUAGCCUCCGUAUGAUCGCUCUUGUGAUGGGAGAGAAAAGGAGCAGAGUUAAAGAAGGUCCCAAGUCACAGAUGGUUUUUGUUUUUUUUUGGCUUAACACAACUGCAGGUGUAAGCAAUGGCUGAAUCCCAUUUAAUAGCUAGUGAAAAAAAAGUUUUAUUAGUAGAAUUGUACCUCUGCCAGUACAAAAGGUGGCGUACACAUCAGUUUGAGAAUACAAAGGUGAUCAGAGUUUGGCGAGCGAGUACACGCGCGCACUGCCAUGAUUCAGCCAGCCAGUGAUGACUUGGCUCUGGAGUUUAUCAUCUGUCGCUGUUUAAGGUCAGACAAAAAAAAAAAAAAAAGAUAAAAAAAAAUACAGGAGACAAAUACCAGCUGACAGGGUCACCCCUCAACAGCAGGCCAGUCCUGACAUUUGUGUGCGUGAGUGUGUGUGAUGCCACAGAUAUAGUUUAUCUCACUUGGACAGUGUGCUGCCAUCUGCACUGUCCUCGCCUGCUGACCUUUGUGUUCUUUGUUUUCUCAGUUUUCAAAACUGUUGAAGAUGAAAAAGACUUUUUAGAGCUUUUCACUUUUUCACUGUGUCUUUUAUGGUGUAAGAACUCAUUUUUGCUGCCUCUGCAGUAAGUGUGUAAAACCAAACUGUGGUUGAAAUCGAAACUUGGUGUCCUUCAGCCCCGGGGAGCUGCUGCUGCGGCUGUAAGACAAGCUUUUCCACUGUGUUUUAUGAGACAUACUGCACGUCAAGACGUCCUUUUAUUUGAGCUCUUCUCCCCUAUUUGUACUUUCACGAUCACCUGACUCUCUGUCCUCUCUCGUCUCUUUUGUCAAGCCAAACUUUCCGGCCCCUUCUCCCCCCCCAGCCCAUCGGCCCUCCAGUCCAACAGGACCAUGAUGCUCAGCAGCUCCGUGGAGGUGCCCCGCCCGGGAGGGAUGAGUGGCUUGAGCGGGCUGAGCACGGCUGCCCGGAACGUGGUGCGCUCCUCCAGUAUCUCAGGGGCCAUGUACAGCCUGGAGAAAAGUCCUGGCAGCGGGGGCCCAGACUCUGCAUCGCUGACUGGGACUAAGAAGCGGCGCUCCAGUUUGGGUGCCAAGAUGGUGGCCAUUGUGGGGUUGUCACAGUGGAGCAAGAGCACACAGCAGCUCAACCAGCAAGAUGGCGGGACAAAGAAGCUCCGCAGCACCAUCCGGCGAAGCACGGAGACCGGAAUCGCCGUCGAGAUGAGAAACCGAGUGACACGGCAGGGCAGCAAGGACUCAACCGACGGCAGCACUAACUCAAACAGCUCCGAUGGAACGUUUGUCUUCCCUACCACACGCCUGGGCCCUGAGAGCCAGUUCAGUGACUUCCUGGACGGACUAGGCCCCGCUCAGAUUGUAGGCCGGCAAACAUUAGCUACACCCCCAAUGGGGGAUGUAAAUGUAGGCAUGGUAGACAGAGGAGGGCAGCUAGAGGUGGAGGUCAACCAGGCCAGAGGGUUGACCCCCAAACCAGGCUCCAAGAACAUACCAGCAACCUAUGUGAAGGUGUAUCUUCUGGAGAACGGCGUGUGCUUGGCUAAGAAGAAAACCAAAGUAGUGAAGAAGACUCUGGACCCCACCUACCAGCAGGCUUUGUUGUUCGAUGAGAGUCCUCAGGGCAAAGUCCUACAGGUAAUAGUGUGGGGGGAUUAUGGGCGUAUGGACCACAAGUGCUUCAUGGGAAUGGCCCAAAUCCUCCUGGAGGACUUGGACCUGUCUGCCACAGUCAGCGGCUGGUAUAAGCUGUUCCCUACCUCCUCCCUGGCAGACCCCAGCAUCGGACCCCUCACCCGACGCCUCUCUCAGUCCUCCCUGGAGAGCGCCACCAGCCCUUCAUGCACCUAGACACCCAGAAUACAUACACACACGCGCGCGCAAGGCAGAGUCACGCAGACACAGGCGCACGUACUGUAUAUACACGACGACUAUGUAAGUGCAAAGCCAGGUAGGCAUACAUACACAAAGCGAUGCAUCCGUGCAGGAAGACACACUUGACAUACACACAAAUACCUGAUCCCAGCCACAUUGACACACAUGCACUCUCAACAUGCUGCCAUAGUCUUUACUGGAAUAUCCUCUCGACUGUCCGUUCACACUCUCACCCAACGCUCAGUGUUUACUGGCAAAACGAUUAGCAGAUCCAAAACGGGAGAGGGCGUAAUUUACCUGAACAUGUAGCAUUUUUCCACCCACCUGUUUCCAACAUCUCAUACCACGAAAACCAGGAUUCACCGGGUGUUCUGCAGUCCAAGAUUUUCCGUGGCACAGCUCAUCCCAGGGCACAUCCUGAUGCCAGUUUCUAAACUCUCUAUGCCAAACUAAGAAAAAAAACUUUAUUUUUUAAACCAAAGCAAUUGUUAUUGUUGUUAAUAUUACUAUUAUAAGUAGUAGGUGAACUAGUAUACAAUAUAAAAUAUGGAUAUGUAGCAGAGUCAAUGACUUAGAUGUAAUCCAAAAAAAAAUAAAAUAAAAAAAUGACGAUACACACACGCACGCGCACACACACAAGCUGGGCACGGGAGGCCAAACACAUACACAUACCUGGAUAACAGGCUCGGAUAUUCACAUAAUGGCUAUUAUGUGAGGUAGCAACACUGCUAUUCUAUAAUUUUCACAGGGCAGAGUUUAUAUAUAGAUAUAUAUAUAUCAAAAUAGAUAUAUAGUUAAAAACUUACUUGUGUUUAUAUAUAUGUGUCAGCUGCAUUCUGCAUGUUUGCUUGCGAGACAUUUUAAAGUGCUUAAACCUUUUUCAUUUAGCUUGCUUUGACCAAUGUGACAGCAGUGUAGUGCUGCUUUAUUUUGUGCCGAGAAGGGAGCACACCGCACUGAGUUGGGGAGAAGGAUGGGGCUGUGGUGAUGGCGGAGCGAAGGGGUUGGCUGUCAUCGCUAUCUGCAGAAGACGAGAACAAAAUAAGCCAGCCAGCGGACAAACACAUUUAUGAUCCCUGCCUUCACCUUAGGCGUUCGGAGAAAUGUGACCGCUUUGUAGCCCGUCCUCGCGUAUUCUGGGGAAAGGGCCUCUACCAGCACCUGGACUUGUUCCAGCUUCCAGUUGAGUUCCCCAUUUUUUUUCCCGUCCUACUUGAUGAGGGAUGUGGGGAGAUGGCCAGCGUGCCUCUGCACCUCUCCUUUUCCGAUCAAAUGUAGCCGGUGUUGUGCCAAAAAAUAAACUGUUGUAAAUGGCCUUGCUGGCCUAUAAUCUGUGAAACAUAUGUCAAACCUGUUUCUCAUGAAUGAUAUCAAGUCCUUUUGAGCCACAAACAACAUUCCUGUCACAAGAUACAUUCAGUUUUUGGCAAAGUGACUCUUAUAAAUCCUUUAUUUAUCUAGCUAAGAAGUGUCAUUUACAUUAUAAAUGCCUUAUUGUAAUAGAAAUCCAGCCAAGAGGGCAACAGAAAUUGCAACAAAUAUAGCAUAAAUGUUUUAGAAAAGCCAGAAGAGACUGGAUUGAUUAUAAUGUAGGUGCAAAUAAUACACAAUCAUAAUAAGAAGCUUUCAAAACAGGUAGUUUCUUCAUUUUGUAUAUAAGCCCUUCAGAAAUCCAAUAGACUCUGUAGUCUGUUUACCAAUAUAAGCCAAGAGAUUAUACAUAAAAAACACACAGGACCAUCGGGAAUGACUUUUUGGGACAACACCGGAAACAUUAACAUGCGCACAGCUUGUGAAACCUUUAACCCUCCUAACUUUCCCUUUGACGCUAACUAAACCUCUUUUAAAUGUGUCAGCGUGAAUUGAAUUUCUUUGCGAUAGCCGACUAUUAUGUCAGCACUACAUUUACUAGCGUACCUGCCAUAUGGUGGUUUUACUUGUUUCAGGUGCAAACGUGGCAGUGACACAUUUCCAGCACUCUCGUUUUAUAUUUCCCGUCAGGCGGCGUGUUUGCGUUUUCUUUAAAUAGCACUUUACUGUAAAAUAUUCACGCUGAGCACGCAGCGGUUGACUGCUUCUUCUUUUUAUUUUCGUUUGCAUUUUUAUUUGGUCACACUGCGCUGCGCAAUUGUUUUGAAUUGCAGCAUGGAAAUGUAAGUCGAGUGCACUAGAACAGCUGAUCCAGGUGACUUCUGCUGCCGGAUUUAGACUUCUUGAAGGCUUUUAACCUUGUUCAGCCACCUUUUCCCAUUUACAUUUCCUCUGAGUCCGCUUUGCACUAACUAUAAGGGUGUUUGCAGAAAAAAAUCAACAAAACAGUUAAAGGUGUGAUGAUAAUGGAGUCUUCACUGGCAGCAGAGGGACUAGCAUCCAAAUUAAGCUACUGCUUUCUUACUGGUUUAUUUAAGGUGCAGAUGUCUUGGGGGGGGGGGGGAGGGUUUAUUUUAUUUUUUUCUGACCAACAUCAAUCCUUGUAUAUAUUUCUCAUACAUGAACACGGGCAAAGGCGCUAACAGAGAUCAUAUUUUGAAGAGGUGCAAAGACACAGUCUCGAGUUCCUCUCUUAAAAGCUUCUGCGUGUUUAUGAGCUCUGAAUUUGCUUUUAUCACCACCUCAUUUAUUCCUCUCUCCUCAUCUUUCUGCAAAAAAAAAGGGAAAAUGCGAGGUUUUUUUUAGUCUCGCAGCACCUCAGAACAACACAAUUCACGUUUCAAUGCUUUUUGAACUUUGGAUAAACUAAAGGGAUAUCUGGCAUUCUUGAAUUUUUGGGAGGAUGAUUUAUGAUGUUUAUUUUUAAUCCUCCUAUCAUAUGUAUACAAAAUGUUUUCUUUGUUAAAGAGGUGUUGUCAUUUGUUUUAUGGUUCGGAGCUAUUCCUUGCUGGAUCUGUACUUGUAUGGUCCCGCCUAGGAAGUAAUUUCAUGUAUUGAUUUGUUUUCUUGAGACAGCUGGCAUGUUAUACAAAUAUGGGAAAAAAAAGGAAUAAGAAUCCUCAAAAAACAAGAUAAUGAAAUUUAUAGAUCUGUGUAACUUCCCUGCUGAUUGUUCCACUCCUUGGUAAACUAUCAAAAUACUGUUGAAAAUGUGUUUUGGAGCUUUUAUGAGACUGCGUGUGUAUGUGUGUCCCUGUGCUAUAUAUCAAUCAUCCUCAAAGCAUUACCCAUUCUAAUGAUUGAAUAGAUGCAAAGAAAUGUAUUAUAUAUCUUAUAAGAAAGGCAGGAUUAGCCAAAACUUGCCCAAAUCCUUUGAUUCUUGCAACCUAGAGGAUAAGUUUGAAAUAUUGCCUUUGUUUAAAGUGUAGUGCGGGUGUAUGUCUUUUAGAGAGAUGCAUUUAGUGUGUUAGUGUGAUGCAUAAUGAGCGACAGGGCAGCAAGGUGUGAGUGGAUCAGAGUUUUCAGAUAUGAACGCCAACGUUAACUUUGAACUUUCUCUUUACCUUACAUUUAAAGGAAAAAAAAAUUAUAUAUAAACUGUAGUGUCACCUGAUCAUUGUGCAUUGUCUCACACAAGGUCAUUUGAUUUAUUUGGACACACAAUUAACAAAAAAAGGGGGUCGAAGCCUCAUUAGCAGCAGGGAUGACGGGACGGAGAUCAAGCAGGUUGCCAGUCUUCGUGCUUUUGUGGAGCUGAGUGACGCGUAGACUGUUUUCGUUUUCUUUUUGUCAACGUGAAGGUGUCCAGAUGCAUGAAGUCGACACGGCUCAGGUGACAUUUGAAUGGAGAGGCUGCCAAUGCUCAGAAUGUAAAACCCCACAAACUUGCUAUAAAAAAAAGCAUAUUUUUAACCCAAAAAAUGUAUUGUGUGUAACGCAUCUUAAUAACACAUACCUGAGUCAUAGUUUGUGCACUAUAUCGAAAUAUAGUAUUAUAUGUAUUUUAUUUUUCUAAGGACAGAGGUAUUAUUCAGAGAAGGAGGACAGCGUGGGCAAAACCCGCCUUUUAGCUUUUUUUGCAAAAAAACGAGGGCUUGUUCAGUUUACAAUGGCCUUACUUUGCGUAGGAAACGUUGCUUCACUCUUGUAGCACACAGCUGAAAGUUUUGAACAAAUGUAUUUUGCUUGAGAUAUUGUACCGAAGUUCUCUAUGUGUAUAUGUAUAGUUUUAUGAAUGUAUUUCUAAACCCUAACACCGAGGAGGAGUGUAACUCUUUUUCGUCAUCUUGUUUGCUAUACUGUCUCUUCUGGAGACUUUCCGGGGACCCCGCCUGCACCCAAUCAGGCGGCCCCUACUUUUACUGUACUGUAAUACUGUAUGUCUUAUGAUUUGUGUUUUAAAGGAACAGCUCUGUGUUUGUAAACAAGCAUGAAUUCCGUCUGGCGAGAUGCGGUUAUUUUAUUUAUUUCAAUCGCCAAGAUGGGUUUUGAGCAGAAGGGUUUGCCCUCCCCCCGCCCCCAACCCUUUGUCUAUCAAGCUGAUGGAAUUAUUAUAUUUGUAUUUUGAUCUAGGAAAUAUUUGCCGCAUGGUUACUCUGAUCUUUGCAUUUCUGACCUUGUAUUUAACCUUUAAUGAUGGUUUGAUCACGAUGAGACCAACAAGCGACAGCGGUGGGGGCAAUCAGACCCAGAACAGCAUCCAGAGAGAUGCAAAAGAACUUUUAUGAUUAAAAACACUGUUAUCUUGCAGUAGCAUGAGCCAAGCCUUACAUUUUAUGAUGUUUUUCUUCUGGCAAUAAACAUUGGCUGUAGCAUUUGCUGUCGUGGGCGCCUUCGCCCACGGCUUCACUCUCUCUCUCUCUCUCUCUCUCUGUCUCUCUCUCUCUCUCUCUCUCUCGUGACCCCAGAGCUGAGCAUGUGGCGCCAGAAAGUGAUUUCCGGUAUUCGCCCAAAAAGUGAUUAGCCUAAUUUGUGUGAAAAAUAUAUCGGACUUAUUUCUCAUGAAUGAUAUUAAGUCAUUUUGAGCCAGAAAGAAGUUCCCCUUCAAAAGGUAGAAGCUUGAAUCAGUUUUUUUUGGCAAAGUGACUGUUAUAUUUCCUUUAUAUAUUCGGGUAAAAAGUCUCAUUGACAUUAAAAAUGUCUUUUUCAAGAGAGAUCUGGCCGAGAGGGCGUCAAAUAUAACAUCACAGUUCUUGAAACACACUAUAAGGGACCAAAAGGCAAUGAAAAACCAGUUAUUUCUUUAUUUAUAUUUGACCCCUUCAUACAUCUACAGUCUAUUUACCGAUAUGAGUAAAGAUAUUAGACAUCAAAGAAACUCGUGGAAACAUCAGAAAUCACUUUCUGGCUUUUGGCACAACACUGGUAUCAGUUGAGCUACCAUAAAUAAGAUAAAAGUGUAACCAUAAAUUUAAGCGCUGGUAUAAGUUUAACAAAGCAUGCAGUGCAUUGUGAUUUACUGCUGUAUGACAGUAGAGUUCGUGAUCAACAAGUUUAAUUUUCUCUUCGACGUUGCAUUCCAGACACAUGCAUUCCAGGUGUUUGAUUUGCCAGCGUUACAGCUGUCCAUGAGAACAAACACAGACAUUGCCGUUGACCUGACGGCCUCAGUUCGUUUGUCUUCUUCCACGUCUAUGUCAGCGAUCACAGCACAAGUUUUGCUUUGUAACCUUUCUGUCCUUUUUCGCCGUCUGUCAGAUUGUAUUAGGGCCAUAGUAGCUCCCCUCCCUGCUAUCAAGGCAAACCUCAUCUUAUCAAGCCUAGGAAAGCACAGAACACAACCCAAACUAAUGGUUUAACUAAUAUUUAAAUGGACCACAAUCACAUUCCCAAAGCACAUGUAGUAGACUCGAUGCCUCUUUUUCCCUGCAAAUUGCGGAUUCAUCAUCCCAGUUCAAUUGGAAUAGCUGUUUUGGUAAAUGAGGGUUUGUCUUUUCUGAACAGGCCUUAAACGUUCCACCAAGAUGCAAAACAAAGGAUAGCGUAGCUGCCUGGCUGAUGAAAGGAUGUGGUUUAUGGCAAAGAUGAAGGAAAAAACAAAACAAAGGGAGCUGUAAUUUUAUACCUGUGCUUUGUAAAUGUUUUCUAUGUGCAGUAUUUGAUAAUGUAAAACUGGUAUUUUUGUGGUUUGUACGCUGCAAAAUUGAUUACUUAAGGUGCACGUAGUUUUGUAAGAAAAUAGAACCAAACUGAGGAGAAAAGGAAAAAAAACAAUGGGAUUCAGAAGCCUGUAUUUGCAUGCCCUUUGACAUCUGGACGCAAAGUCAAUAAAGUUUAUUUGAAUCACA